AUGGACGGGGGCAUCUUCAAUCUUCGCAGACUUGAGGCCAAAACAAAAGUCCACACCACCACCAUCCAUAAAUUCCUCUUUGCAGACGACUGCACCCUCAACGCCUUGACUGAGUUGGAGAUGCAAGAGAGCAUGGACCACUUUGCGGCCGCAGGGACAGACUUUGGACUGACCAUCAAUACCAAAAAGACAGAGGUGCUGCACCAACCUGGACCAGGUCAGUCGUACAUCGAGCCUCAGAUUACUGUUGGAGCUCUGAGCUGGGAGACGCUCGCAGGGCAGACAAAGAGAUACAAGGAUGCUCUCAAAGUCAACCUGAAGUGCUGCAACAUCUGCCCAGGGACUUGGGAAAGAAAGGCUGACAACAGAAGCCACUGGAGAGCUGCCAUCACCCAAGGGGUUGAUGCUUACGAAGAACAGCAGGUCCAAGAUGCCCAAGCCAAGCGCCAACAGAGGAAGAGCCAAGUACGCAGCACCACAUUGUCAUCACCAAAUCACCCCACACUCAUGUCCACAUUGCCAUCGCACAUUCCGUUGCGUCUGGACCUGGGAAAGAAGAUCAGCGUUCCUCAGGAUGUAAUGAUGGAGGAGUUGAACCUGCUCUCAAACAGGGGGUCCAGAAUGUUCCAAGAGAGACAAAAGAGAGUGGAGAAGUUCACACGAGAAGGUGUCGGAAAGCGAGCAGACAAUGAAAGUGAGACACUAUGUCCUCAAGCUACCGAAACGCUGACAGAUAGAGCUCACUGCAGCACAAAUGUCAGCCCACCAGAGAGAAACAACCUGCUGGCUACACUCCAUCACACCGUAGCCAAAAAGGGAAGUCCAAGCAUUUUGGCACCAGGAUAUUCUGGACCGCUUAAAGAGAUUCCUCCUGAGAAGUUCAAUAUCACUGUAAUCCCCAAGUCCUACUGCUCACCAUGGGAAGAACAGAGCGACAGUGAAAGCUUGCUGGCUGCUAUAAACUCCCGCCUGCCCGAACCUCCUCACAAACUCGUCCCUGCUAACUACAGAUGCUUCAACAGAGCUCCAAUGCCAUUUGGAGGGACAACAGGUGGCACCCGGACCCUGCGUCUGCCUGGCUUUGAACUCAUGGAGGCCCACACGGAGCCCAAUCUCACCUGGGAGAGAAUGUGUGCUCGGCCCAACUUUAACCGCGUCCCGAGAGGCUGGAGAGCUUAAAGCACUGCUGAGACCUUGGAACUGUAAAGCAGUCUGCAUUUCCAAUAUCCUGGGGCACUCGCUCAUUGUGUGCGCACACACACUACACUUCAUCAACAUGUAUAAAAU